AGAGACUGGGUCGCAAGCUGCUCUCAGACUUCCGCAAUGUACUUGGGAUCGAUGCGUCACGUGACCGUGGCGUCAGUGGAACGCACUAUCAGCUGAUGCUACCGAUAGUCAUGAGACAAGGAUCCCGGAAAAGUUCGCUGUCAGUGUGUUUGCAUGACAAGAAGUAGAUGACAUGAUGUGGCUGCGGACUUUUUUGCGCAUUUUUCUAUUGAUGGUUCCAUAUGGCUCAGUCAGCACAACAUCCUCAAGAACAUUUGAGAUAGAUUUUGAACACAAUUGUUUUCGGAAAGAUGGGCAACCUUUUCGUUACAUAUCUGGAAGUAUUCAUUAUUCUAGAGUUCCACAGUAUUACUGGAAAGACCGCCUACUGAAAAUGAAGAUGGCAGGAUUAGAUGCUAUUUACACUUAUGUACCAUGGAAUUUUCAUGAGACAAAGCCGGGAGUUUACAACUUUUCUGGAGAUCAUGAUAUUGAGUCAUUCUUGAAACUUGCUAAUGAAAUUGGGCUGCUGGUGAUCCUGAGAGCAGGUCCUUACAUAUGUGCAGAAUGGGACAUGGGAGGUUUGCCUGCAUGGCUUUUAGCAAAAGAAUCAAUUGUUCUUCGAAGUUCUGAUCCAGAUUACCUUCAAGCUGUGGAUAAUUGGAUGGGAGUGUUUCUGCCCAAGAUGAAACCUUUGUUGUACCACAAUGGAGGCCCAAUUAUAAGUGUCCAGGUUGAAAAUGAGUAUGGCAGCUAUUUUACUUGUGAUUACAAUUAUCUUCGACAUCUAUUGCAACUUUUCCGUCAUCACUUAGGGGAUGAGGUGGUUUUAUUCACAACUGAUGGUUCUGGGCUACAGUAUGUGAGGUGUGGGACAAUUCAAGGCCUAUAUACAACAGUAGAUUUUGGACCAGGUUCCAAUGUUACUGAAACAUUUUCAGUUCAGAGGUAUUGUGAACCAAAAGGACCAUUGGUUAACUCAGAAUUCUACACUGGAUGGCUGGAUCACUGGGGUGAACCACACUCUGUAGUAGCAACAGAGAUGGUAACCAAGUCACUGGAUCAAAUCUUGGCUCAUGGAGCAAACGUUAACAUGUAUAUGUUUAUAGGAGGCACUAAUUUUGGAUACUGGAAUGGUGCCAACACACCAUAUGCACCACAGCCUACCAGUUAUGAUUAUGAUGCCCCUUUAUCUGAAGCUGGGGAUUUGACUGAUAAGUAUUUUGCAGUCAGAGAAGUUAUAAAAAAGUAUAAACAGAUACCAGAGGGUCCUAUUCCACCAACAACCCCAAAAUAUGCAUAUGGUGAAAUUAAAAUGGAAAAGGUGAAAACAGUCACUGAGGCUUUGGAUAUAUUGGCCUCACAUGGAGCAAUACAGGGUACUUAUCCUUUAACAUUUGAUCAGAUGAAACAGUAUUUUGGCUUUGUGCUGUACAGAACAACAUUACCAAUAAAUUGCAGUAAUCCAACAACAUUGACUGCAUUAUCUAAUGGAGUGCGGGACCGUGCUUACGUUACAGUUAAUGGGGUUCCACAAGGUGUUCUUGAAAGAGAUAAGCAGACAGCUAUAAAUGUAACUGGAGUGGCGGGAGCAGAACUGGACUUGCUGGUGGAAAGUAUGGGCAGGGUUAAUUUUGGAAGAUACAAUAAUGAUUUUAAGGGCUUGCUUACCAAUGUAACCCUCAAUGGAGAACUGCUUGUGAACUGGACAAUGUACCCUCUAGACAUAGAUAGUGCUGUUAAUGGUGGGCUUUUGUCCACCAUUCAUAUUCCAUAUGCAUCUGCCUUUUCAGCUCCAAUGUUUUACAAAGGAAGCCUAAUUAUUCCCACUGGAAUUCCAGAUUUACCCCAGGAUACCUUUAUUCAGUUCCCAGGAUGGACAAAGGGACAAAUUUGGAUCAAUGGAUUUAACCUGGGACGGUACUGGCCAGUGAGAGGUCCUCAAGUUACUUUGUAUGUUCCAAGAAGCAUUUUAACAACAACUCUAGUAAACAACAUUACAGUGCUAGAACUAGAAAAUUCCCCUUGCAACAGUGGGAAAUGUGUUGUGGAGUUUGUGGAUAAGCCAGUUCUUAAUAAAGUAAAACAAAUAGUUGAUGAACACAAGUUCAGCAAAGAAAAAUUUCUCAAAUGAAAUGAAAUAAAGAACUAUCGGCCUAAGCCUUAUCAUUUCAUAAUAGAAAUACAGGGCUACAGACACUGAAUCCAAUUACUUAUACAAGUAUAUAGACACUUGGGGGAUAAUAAACAUCUAAAGAUAGAAUUCAGUGUCUGUGGUUUGCCUCUGGUGAAUGUAUAUAAUCUAAUCAUUUUGUAAUUAUGUAACGAAUCUUGAAAAAAAAUCUGAAUGCCUUUAAUUCAUGAUGUUUGAAAUAAAAGUAAUGUAUAAACUAAA